AUGCUUUCCGAAUCAUUUGUGACGUCCACGCUGUCAUCCGCCAAAUCUCCGACAGCCUCGCUUAGAGAUGUAGGGAUCUGCGUUCAUGAAUUACAGCCUUCGUCGAUAUUGCGAUCGACUUUCAAGAAGAGCUCAACCUCGACCAAUUGUUUGGCGGUCAGCCCCUCGCAUAUUUUCACAGCUCAAGCAGAUAAAGCUGUUGUGCACGUGUACAGUCGGGAAAAGGGCAACCAAGAAGGCAUUGUUCCAUUUCCGGAGCGGAUACGCAGCAUUGCCGUUGCGGGGGGCAAGUAUGGUGAUAUUUUGGUCUUGGGUACCGAGGGUGGUCGGUUGAUUGUUUGGGAGACUUGCACAGGACGCCAAGUAGCGACGACGGCCUCCCACUUGCAACCCGUGACCUCACUCGUCGUCGAUCCCACAUCUAACUUCAUCUUGUCCGGAUCCUCUGAUGCUAGUGUACAUGUCUGGUCCCUGCCUGGUAUCCUCUCGUUCUCGAAGCCCGCUUUCAGCGCGAGUCGCCAACCCUCGAACUCCCCUAUCCGAACUUUCUCCAACCACCGCGCAGCUAUCACCUCGCUUGCUGUCGGACAUAGCAAUGGCCGCCAUAACAUCGUGGUAUCGACCGCAAAGGACAAUACCGCGAUCGCAUGGGACUAUCAUACCGGCCGUGUGCUGAGGCACUUCCUCCUUCCCUUAUCCGCAACAUCUGUAACUCUCGAUCCUGUCGACCGGGCUUUCUACGUGGGUUACGAAGAUGGCAGCGUUCAAUCAGUUGACUUCUACCGGGGCAACUCCACGCAACACCCUCUCCAUGAUCCCUAUGCACAGUCGACACCGGCCCAAGUGUCCAUGGAGGACCGGUGGCUUCCUCCCUCGGCCGAGUCAGGCUCAGUGAAGACCAUCUCCCUUACAUACGAUGGCACCACGUUACUUUCGGGCCACACAAGUGGAAAGGUUCUAUCAUGGAAUGUCGCGCGGCGAAAGUACAUAUCCUCGGUUGCCGACUACACGCACUCGAUUACGAACCUGGUCAUGCUACCUCCGGGUGGCAUCCCGCAUCCUUCCUCCGACUUGAAGAGAAAGGCCCACACUAUCGUGAAACCCCGCCAUGACAGUGGACUUGCAGCCCCGUCGCAUGCCCCAAGCGCCGUCCCCGCAGAGUAUAUGUUCCACACUCAGAUCAUCACCCCAUCCGCCCCUAAACUUCGCCAACCAACCCUGUUCUCCCAAGCGCUUACUCAUUCCUCAUUCCCCAAGUCUAUGCUUGAGGAAGGACUUGCUGAGUUGGCGGCCUUCCGCCAACCAGGCGGCGCUGAAGUUACUCAUGUCGCCCCAAGCACGACGCCCACCACGGUCAACUCUGCGGGUGCAGCUGCCUCUGAUUCCCAGGUCACUGAUUUAGAAAAUGAAGUAGCCGUGCUAAAGAAGAAGGUGGCAGUCAAUGAGACAGCUCGCCAUACUGCAGAUGACGAGGUUGUCAAAUUGCGCUCAGAUCUCGCCAAUCUACAGGAUUACAUCAAUGAGCUCCAUGAGAAGCAGGAGGCCGCACAGCAAAAGAAAGUGCUGCGGCAAGCAAGGAAGCAAGAGCACGAGGCAAAGAAACGGGAAGCUUGGCUGGCCGCAGAGAAAAGCGGCCGCAGUGGGGAUGCAGUCAUUCAAAAAAUGGACAUUGAUGACGCUGUGACUAGCGAUUCAGAUGAUCAGAGCGACGAAUAA